AUGUCCUCCGGCGACAACUUUACCGUGGAGGAGAUCCGCGAACUCAUGAACAAACCCACCAACAUCCGAAACAUGUCCGUCAUCGCACACGUCGACCACGGCAAAUCUACACUCACCGAUUCCCUCGUUCAGAGAGCUGGUAUUAUCUCCGCAGCUAAAGCCGGUGAAGCCCGCUUCACCGACACGAGAAAGGACGAGCAGGAGCGUGGCAUCACUAUCAAGUCAACUGCCAUCUCCCUGUACGCCCAUCUCCCAGAUCCAGAAGAUAUCAAGGAUAUCCCACAGAAAACCGAGAGCAAUGACUUUUUGAUCAACUUGAUCGAUUCACCAGGUCACGUCGAUUUCUCGUCAGAAGUCACUGCCGCCCUCCGUGUCACUGACGGUGCCCUAGUGGUUGUGGACACCAUCGAAGGUGUCUGCGUCCAGACCGAGACUGUCCUCCGACAGGCGCUCGGUGAGCGUAUCAAGCCUGUUGUCAUUAUUAACAAGGUCGAUCGCGCUCUCCUGGAACUCCAGGUCGAGAAGGAAGAUCUCUACCAAUCUUUCUCAAGAACGAUCGAGUCUGUAAACGUCAUCGUCGCCACUUACUUCGACAAGGCUCUCGGUGAUGUCUCAGUCUACCCUGAGAAGGGUACCGUUGCUUUCGGCUCUGGUCUACACGGCUGGGCUUUCACCAUCCGUCAAUUUGCCGUCCGAUAUGCCAAGAAGUUUGGUGUUGACAAGAGCAAGAUGAUGGAGCGUCUGUGGGGCGACAACUUCUUCAACCCAAAGACCAAGAAGUGGACCAAGACCGCUGAAGGCUCGGAACGUGCCUUCAAUCAGUUCAUUCUGGAUCCCAUUUUCAAGAUCUUCGAUGCGUUCAUGAAGGGGAAGGUGGACGAUGUUGUGACCUUGGCCGGUAAGCUCGACAUCAAGAUCACCUCCGAGGAGAAGGAGCAGCCUGGCAAGGGCCUGCUCAAGACUGUCAUGCGCAAGUUCUUGCCUGCCGCUGAUGCUCUGAUGGAGAUGAUGGUUAUCCAUCUGCCAUCUCCAGUCACUGCUCAGAAGUAUCGUGCCGAGACUCUGUACGAGGGUCCUGCCGAUGACGCGGCUUGCAUUGGUAUCCGCGACUGCGACCCCAAAGCCGAUCUCAUGCUUUACGUUUCCAAGAUGGUGCCGACCUCCGAUAAGGGUCGAUUCUACGCUUUCGGUCGUGUCUUCGCUGGCACUGUCCGCUCUGGUCUGAAGGUCCGCAUUCAGGGCCCCAACUACGUUCCCGGAAAGAAGGAAGACUUGUUCAUCAAGGCUAUCCAGCGUACCGUUCUCAUGAUGGGCAAGACCGUCGAGCCAAUCGAGGACAUGCCUGCCGGAAACAUCGUCGGUCUCGUCGGUAUCGACCAGUUCCUGCUCAAGUCUGGUACUCUUACCACCUCCGAAACCGCCCACAACCUGAAGGUCAUGAAGUUCUCCGUCUCACCUGUCGUGCAGCGAUCAGUCGAAGUCAAGAACGCCAACGAUCUGCCCAAGCUGGUCGAAGGUCUCAAGCGUCUUUCAAAAUCCGACCCCUGCGUCGUCUGCAGCAUCAACGAAUCUGGUGACCACAUUGUUGCUGGAGCCGGUGAGCUGCACUUGGAAAUCUGCCUGAAGGAUCUGGAGGAAGACCACGCCGGUGUGCCACUCAAGAUCUCCGACCCCGUCGUCUCGUACCGUGAGACGGUGAGCGAGAAAUCCAGCAUGACUGCUCUGUCGAAGUCACCCAACAAGCACAACCGUCUCUACGUUAUCGCUGAGCCUCUCGGUGAAGAGGUCGCCAACGCUAUCGAGGCUGGCAAAAUCAACCCGCGUGACGACUUCAAGACUCGUGCCCGCGUUUUGGCUGACGACUACGAAUGGGAUGUUACCGAUGCUCGCAAGAUCUGGGGCUUCGGUCCAGAUACGACCGGUCCCAACUUGCUCGUUGACCAGACCAAGGCCGUGCAAUACCUGAACGAAAUCAAGGAUUCCUUCCUCUCCGGCUUCCAGUGGGCCACUCGCGAAGGUCCCGUCGGUGAGGAGCCAAUGCGUGGUAUUCGCUUCAACGUCAUGGAUGUUACACUACACGCCGAUGCCAUUCACCGUGGUGGAGGUCAGAUCAUCCCAACGGCACGACGUGUCCUGUACGCCUCAACCCUUCUUGCCGACCCCGGCUUGAUGGAGCCUGUCUUCCUUUGCGAGAUUCAGGUGCCUGAGCAGGCGAUGGGUGGUAUCUACGGUGUGCUCACUCGCCGUCGUGGCCACGUCUUCUCUGAGGAGCAGAGAUUGGCUUACCUGCCAGUCAUGGAGUCGUUCGGCUUCAACGCUGAUCUACGUGCCGCUACGUCUGGUCAAGCUUUCCCACAGAUGGUGUUCGAUCACUGGCAAAUCCUGCCUGGUGGCAGCCCGCUCAAGGCCGACAGCUUGCCUGGCCAGGUCGUCACCAAGAUGCGUAUCCGCAAGGGUCUCAAGGAGGUUGUGCCGGGAUACGAGAACUACUACGACAAGUUGUAG